AAAAGCGCGGGCUCUCGUUUGUCAAGACGUUCUGGCAGCCAUUUACGACGCUUGGCUUUUCUUUCGCAAGCGUCCAGACGAAAAGUGGAAAAUCAGUUGUAGGAAAAAAUUGUGCUUCCGCGUGUGCAAACGAUCGAGGAUGUCGCAGCCGACGGUUGCAUCUUAUUUCAACACCCGCAAACGAGCCGCCGUUGAACAUUUGGGUGGUGCGCAUCGGAAUAAGGUACUGGUUUUGGAUAAUCCCACAGCCGUAGGUAGAACUACCUACUUGACGAACAGUUCGCAGGACUCGGAUCACGAAGAGCUGCGCUUCGUAUUUGCUAACAAUACCAACCUUUCUUCAAAGAGCUCCGAUGCCAACGGAAAUAAUGUUGAGCCAUCGGACAGGACCGUGGAUCUGGGCAGGCGUGUCACGCGCGCCUCCCGGGCCAUCAAGCGCAUCGGAACGGUCGAGCUGGACGAGAAAACGAAAGCCCUGCUUUCGGCCGCCCAACCGAAGCUGGUUUCUUUCGUGAAGAAGGGUAACCUUUCACCCCAGAAGCGCGUCAACAGCCCGGCCAAACCACCGAUCGUGCCCGCAAAGAAGCUGUUCGCAGCACCAAAGGAACCGUCGACCAGCGAGGCCAAGAAGGAAGCGGUCGAGUUUUCGCCUCGCAACAGCGUGAAGAAUGUGGAAAAGGGAAACAAAGUUGCUGUCGCAGCAGCUGUGGGCCGAUCGAUGGUGGCUAAAGACAAGGAUAGCCUCACGGCCGAAGAGAUACGUGGCAAGCUGCUGAGCCAUCCGCGGCUGCCGGAUCUGAAGGCAAAGCUUAAGGCCGUUCAGGAUGGGAUGAAGGAACUGAAACGUAUGGAACAGGAGCGUCUGGAGGGAAAGCAGCCGCUUAAAGCACCCGCUAGUCCAAGUACGGCGGCCAAAAAUCUAAAGGAAUUCAACUCCCUCGAGGUGGAAGUGAUGGUCAGCCCGAAGAAAACGUACAUGUCGCCAACGAAAAUACUGAAAACGCCGACCAAGAGCGCGGCGUCACCUUCGAAGAACAUCACACCGAAGUCGCGUCUGGCUGAGCUAAUGAGCCCCAUCAAGGAGGCGUCGGCUGCCACACCCAUUAUGGCGAGCCCGAAGAAGGUGCCCGCAUACCAGCGUUUCCAUGCGCUGGCCAUUGCUGGACCGCCUUCAUUGCAUCUGCCGUACAAGUACCGCUCGUUGCUGGAGCUGUUCAAAUGCAUCGAUACGGUGAUAUCGAUGUUCCACAAUCGCAAAGAGCAGAUCACCUUCAAGAAGCUAAAACCGGCGGUACAGCGUAUGGCAAGGAAGAACUUUUUCGAAUCGCACCUUGCCCAGAUACAGCAUCUUUAUCCGGGAGGGGCGUACGUGUUGACCCAGGAACUGACAAAGAACUACGGUUCGGCAACGAAGCACGAAACCUACCAGCUCGUGAUACAACCGAAGGUAGAAGCUGCGAUCGGUGAAGGGAAGAAAGACGAAGAUGCCAGCUUCUUGCGUACGCUUCAAGGCCAAGCAAUGAACCCGCAGGUUAUGCUAGAUCGUCAGCAUCGCUUUCAUCGGUUGCUGCUGGAGAAGGUGAAAGAUGCACACGAGGCGUUCCUCCGAGCACACGAACCGCCACUAACGGUUGAUCGGGAGAAGAUUGUUCGUUGGCAUAUGGAUUUCGAUCUUGAAAGCUGUCCCGACAUUGAACAGGCGGAGCUUCCAAAACCCCCAAAUGUCGAGAAAUUCUCGUCCGCCAGGGAUGUGCUGUCGACGGCCCGGAAUUUGUUUAAUUGUGCUACUCCGAUCGAACGGGCACUGCAGCGUUUGGAGGAGAAGAAACAGAAAGAGGCGACGAUUGCGGCCACCGCUACACUCGCGCUUAGUGAGACUGAUACGCAAACCAAAAAUCCAUCGGCCAAUGUGAAAGAGGAACAACCAGCAGCAGCAGCACCGACCACAUCGCUCGCCGAGUACGAUGUGUUUAAGAACAUCCCCAAAGCACUGCUGGAGAAGAUCCGUGCCAAACAGGCCGCGAAAGCACUGGAUCAGAUGACCAGAAGGCCAUCGCAGGAGAAGGAAGCCAUCAAGUACGGGCGGCUGCCUGAGCUGGCACGCCAUUUGCGAAACAUUUUCGUGACCGAGCGUAAAAAUGUGCUUCCACUGGAGACACCACUGGUGAAGAUCGAAAACAGUUAUCGGGGCAAGCUGACGCUGCUAGAGCUGGAGGAGCACAUACGGCUGAUUGCUCAGCUCGUACCGUUCUGGUUAACGCUGCCCGAGGUGCGCAAGGUAAAGUACGCCAAGAUAGCCAAAGACUGCGAUCUCGCUAAAGUGAUUGGCGUACUGGAACGGAAGGCCAACGAAGUGGUUCAGUAAGGAACGGGGAAAAGUGGCGUUUGCGAACUUUCUUAAUCUAAUUCCUUUCUAUUCUUCGUGUUGAAUUUCUUACAAUUGCAAUUUUACACCUUAGCUGUUUUGUCGCGAUGCUUUUUGACGUUCUAGCUUUUUAAUGAUUGAUAUUCUAGGCCGUGACUGUUAGCAAAUGAAUACCGUUUACGGACGAUUGGACUAUUAGUUUAUGUUAUGCCACUAAGGACGCAAAGUUACAUCGCCCACUGUUUACGCUAUUGAACUCUUUUGUGUACCGUGUUUUUCCUUUUCUGACCAAUUAAUGUUUUGCGAGAGAUAGAAAAUAAAGCAAUCAAUAAAGAUAAUGACUGUGUUUGACAACCUUUGAUAAGCAUUCCGUGCAACGAUGAGUCACGAGCGUUCGGCAGCGUGUCAAAUGAGUCACAACCCGUUGGAU